UGUGUGUGUGGUGCGUGUGCGCGCGCGUGUGUUCCUGUGGGAGAUUAGAGGCUUCGCGAGCAGCAGCAACAAGAGGUUCGUGCUCUCACGAGGACCAGCGCGCGGCCACCGGAUCCCCACACCAAACAAAGGUUCUUCGGGGUCUGGCUCCGCCUCCUUUAGAGCAUCGGUCCGAACGGAGCAUCGCAUCCCUCGUCAUUAAAACAACCCCUAAAUAAUAAUGGCGGACGUCUUCUCCCUGGCUGGAGUGUCUUUGUGUUGAACUCCAGAUGGCUCCAGGAACAGCGACCUCCUCCUCCUCCUCCUCUUCCUCCUCCACCCUAGAUCUUGUCCACAUGAGGCCAGGAGGGGUCUGGGCCUCCACCAGACCCAACUGACCCAUCACCUCCACCCCAGCCGCAGGUGAUAAUGCUGGCAGGAAACCGGCGUCAUGCGCGGCGGCGGCUGAAUUGGAAACGUGUGAUUCCCGUCCGAGGGAAGAGGAGGAGGAGGAGGAGGAGGAGGAGGGGGAGGAGGGAGUAAGGAGGGAGAAAGGAGGCGAGGAACAACAAAAUGCUCUUAGGCUCGUUCCUGCAGGAUUAGAGAUUAAAAUAAGAAAAGAAAAGAAAUGCGGAUAGUGUGCAAAGGUCUGAGCUUUGAAACCAAACAGGGGGGGGGGGACUGCUGCUGAUGAUCCAGAUUCUUACCAUUUCAUUCUCUCUAGAAGCUUCGAGUUGAGCCGUCUCCAUGUUUCCAAACCUCCCUCUAUCUCCCGUCUCUGUUGCGCAGAGAAGAGGCACCAUGCAGGUGGCGUGCCAAAAGACGAGGGUGCUCUGCGUGGCGCUCGCUGUCCUCGUCUGCGUCCUGGUCCUGUGUCCGUGGAACUUCGGGCCCGCCAAAAGCGUCCGCAAGAGGAUCCUGAUCCCGACAACGAAGUUUUGGCGCGUGCCGGAGCGGAGCGGCUCCUUCUGGAACAAGGAGCAGCAGUACCUGGACUUCACCCACAACCCCAUCCUCAGCUCGCUGCCCGAUUGGCUGAACGACACCGGGCCGCUCGACCCCUGCGAACCAGACCCCAGGGUCUCCGCACAGAUCGAGGACUACGACUCCCUACCGCAGCACUUCCAGGAUUUCCUCUUGCACAUGCGCUGCAGGACAUACCCUAUGCUGAUCGACCAGUCCCGCGUCUGCGACGGGGACCCCUUCCUGCUGCUGGCGGUCAAGUCCCUGAUCCCGCACUUCGACCGGCGGCAGGCCAUCCGCGAGACGUGGGGUCGGGUGGGCACCCUGGCCAAUCGCACUGUGGCGACGGUGUUCCUGCUCGGCAACACCGUGUCGGCGGACCUCCUGCCAGACCUGCAGGGGAUGUUGGGCCACGAGGCGGAGCUUCACGGAGACCUCCUCCAGUGGGACUACAGGGACUCCUUCUACAACCUGACCCUGAAGGAGGUGCUCUUCCUGAAGUGGUUCGGACAAAACUGCCCCAGCGCCCGGUUCGUCCUCAAGGGCGACGACGACGUCUUCAUCAACACGCUGCGAGUCCUCGACCUCCUCGAAGGCCUCGCAGAGAGCAAGGUCCGAGAUUUCUUUAUAGGCGACGUCAUCAGCAAAGCCGGUCCGCACCGAGACCGGAAGCUCAAGUAUUUUGUCCCGGAGAGCGUGUUUGCGGGGCGGUACCCGCCUUACGCGGGAGGCGGAGGGUACCUGUACUCUGGGGAGUUGGCGCUGCGCCUCUACAACGCGUCUCGGCGGGUGGUCCUGUACCCCAUCGACGACGUCUACACGGGGAUGUGUCUGGCUAAACUGGGCCUGGCUCCGGAGAUGCACAGCGGCUUCAGGACCUUCAACAUCGAGGAGAAGUACAGGUUCAGCCCCUGCGUCUACCGGAGCCUGAUGCUGGUGCACAGCCGGACGCCCCAGGAGAUGAAGAGGAUCUGGUCCUGGAUCGUCCAUCCGGACCUCGUCUGCCCGUGAACGCCUCAUCCCUCGUUUAGUUCUGUUCGAUCCUCAAGUCCAAGCAGAACCAUAUGUAACCAUAUCCAGAAAGUCUCUACAUCUUCCGCCGGAAACUAAAAACACAUCUUUUCCGACUAUACCUUGAAUAAAAACAG